UACAGCAUCUUCUUCAGCUGCACCGAUCAACUCUGCCUAGCUUCAACUCAGCUCAGAGCUAUGGCGGCUGAAAUCGUGAGAAGAAGUCUUAAAGCAACAAACUUUACCUUCCUUAAAACCCUAACCGCUUCUCAAACCCGUAUUUUCAGUAACUUAGCAACUUCAGCACAACCCGAAUCAUCAGAUGACCCAUCUUCUUCCUCCUUCACUUUUUACGGCGGAGAUCCAAAUUCUGCAACAACCAAUGAUAAUAUUAUCAUAAAAGGUCCAAAAAAUACUUCACCUUUAUCAUCACAAGAUUCAGCAUCUGUGUCUAUGCCUAUGUCAUUCAUGACUGGAUCAAUUGUGGGGAAGAGGUUUUACAAGAAAGUGACAACUAGAGAAGCUGAUGAUGGAAUUGGUUGGAGUGUUAUGCUUGAUUAUCGUACCCUUAAAACCCCUUCUAAGCGCCCUCUCAAAUGCCCAACUUUAGCUCUUGCUAAAGCUAUUGCUGCUGAAUGGGAAUACCAGGAAGCAGAUGGGAUCAGACCCUUUACUAUGCCACUGAUGAAACUUUCAUGUACUGCACUAGAAAGAGUUCCACUGAUGCGUCAAAAGAUUAUUGAUCAUUUGAUGAAGAAAUUCCCUCAAGAUUUAGUUUUCUGUCGUGCUCCUGGGGAUAAUGAUCUGACAAGCCGAGUUCGUGGUAUGUAAUCUUGCAAGUUGCAAAGUAUA